AACUUGUCAAAUUACCCUCAUCUUCUCCAAGUUGGUUUACGUCUGGUACUUCAAUCCCAAAAUUUUUAAUUUUUAUCAAUAAUAAUAUAAAUACUGCUUUAAUGUAUUUUUUAUAAUUAAUUUAAGUUUUACAAGAAGCGCUAUAACGACCAACUAUAAUCAUCAAUUUUAUUUUACAAAGAUGGGGACCACUGAGGAAAGAAGCAUAUUUGCUAAAUUGGAAGCUAUCAAAGAGAUUAGAACUAAAACUAUACAACUUGAAAAACUGAAAGCCCGAUUAAUAUGUGAGGUUGAAUCACAAGAGCAAGAGGAAAAAGCUAUUGCUGAAUACAAGCAAGAAAUGGAUCUCUUACUGCAGGAGAAAAUGUCUCAUGUAGAAGAAUUAAGACAGAUUCAUGCUGAUAUAAAUGCUAUGGAAGGUGUCAUAAAACAAGCUGAAGAAAGCAGACAAAGAUCCAUGGGAGCCACCUUAAGACUUCAUGAAGAAUAUCUCCCCCUUAAAAAUGAAAUAGACAGAAUGAGGAGAGACAAUCUUGGACUCGAAAGGCUUCCUGAUCUCCAUGAAGAGGAGGGAUCUACUAUAACACCUGAAAAGUUCUCCCAACUCUACAAUUCAACUAAAUCUCAAACUUCUAACUACACAAAAUCAGCUGAUUGGACCAGACCAUUGGCCCCAACCGAUGCCACAAUGGGUUCACUUGGGCCACCUUUACCCCCAACAUUCUUACCACCACCGAAUCCAUUAAGGCUUGUAGCCACUAAUAAGGGACCAGAUCAUACUGGUGGAAGAGGAUCUAGUAUGGGGCCCACAUCGCAUCCAGGACCCCCAACACCUACAUUCAGGUCGGACCUUAGUCUCAGACAGCAACCACCUCCGAUGAAGUCUUGCCUCAGUUGCCACCAGCAGAUCCACAGGAAUGCACCAAUUUGCCCACUGUGCAAAGCCAAAUCCAGAUCGAGGAAUCCCAAAAAACCGAAGAAGAAAGACCACUAAAUGAUAUAAUGAAAAAUAUCAGCAUUUUUCAUGAAAAAGUAAUGUUUAGGUUGCUUAAAGUGGAGACGAACAGGAGAAACGUGAAUUUCUUAUAAUAUUUGAACUUUUAUGCCUUGACACAUACAUUCAGAGUGUUAAAUUAAAACCUGAAUUGGCCUAUAAUUUACAAACGAAUGGUACCAAGGUAUUAGCCAUGGUUCCCAGCAUGUCAGAAAACUUUUGGCAAAGAUUUGUUUUUAUUUAAAAAUCGUCUACUUUUUACCAAAUCUCUUUUAGCGGUAUCGUGUUUGAUGGAGCGGGUAUUGGUAUCGACAUGCAAUUGUACGUUUUUGAUUUAUUUUUCGCAUUAAGUCUAUUUAGAUAAAAAUACCUUGAAAAAGUUA